GUGACAAUUACUGCUAGAGAGGAAAUGCAGAAAUGAAAAACAUACAUCUGUUUUAAUAUUCUCAGAUGUGCUUAGAUGUACUUGGUCAUGUUUUUAUACUACUGACUUAAAGAAAAAACAGUGUUUAUAAAGGGUCACAGUUAAACAGCUAGGACCUACCUUGGCACUUUGAAGAUGAGCUGGAACAUCACUGAGGAGAUUUUAUUCUGGAAUAUUCACACCUCAGCCAAGCUCUCAGCCUAAAUUCAUACAGAGUUCCUUCAUCGACAGUUUUCCACAGACACUUUCCAUGCUAGGAUGGCGGACAGUCUUCCCACAGAAUUUGAUGUGGUUAUAAUAGGGACAGGUCUGCCGGAAUCCAUCCUUGCAGCCGCAUGUUCCAGAAGUGGUCAGAGGGUUCUGCAUGUUGAUUCAAGAAGUUACUAUGGAGGAAACUGGGCUAGUUUCAGCUUCUCAGGAUUACUGUCCUGGUUGAAGGAGUGUCAGCAGAACAGUAAUGUUGGGGAAGAAGGUACUGCCACCUGGCAAGACCUGAUUGAUGAAACAGAAGAAGCUAUCACUCUUCGCAAGGAGGAUGCAACCAUUCAGCACACAGAAGUUUUUUGUUACGUCGGUCAGGAUGUGGAAGACAAUGUUCAAGAGGUUGGUGCUCUGCAGAAAAAUCCUUCCUCAGUGGAAUCUAGCAUCCUCACUCUGGAUUCUGCAUGCUUGCCUGAAGAAAGACACACAUCGUAUUUGACUAGCUAUGAAGUCCCUGGCACAAACACUCAGAAAAGUGACAGAGAGCUUUCACCAGAAGUAACCGAUACAGAGGAAUGGCUAGAGAAGGAAAAGUAUUGUGAAGAUAAAACUUGUGUGUACACAGUUUCAGAUGGAGAGAAAGAUGAAAACAAACUGAGAGUAAAGGACAAUACUGAUAAACCAAAGAAGAAUAGGAUUUCUUACUCUCAAAUAGUUAAAGAAGGGAGGAGAUUUAAUAUUGACUUAGUAUCAAAGCUGCUGUAUUCUCAAGGAUCACUAAUUGAUCUUUUAAUCAAAUCAAAUGUUAGCCGUUAUGCAGAAUUUAAAAAUGUCACUAGGAUUCUUGCAUUUCGAGAAGGAAAGGUAGAACAGGUGCCUUGUUCCAGAGCAGAUGUCUUUAAUAGCAAAGAACUUACCAUGGUUGAAAAGAGGAUGCUAAUGAAAUUUCUCACAUUCUGUUUAGACUAUGAACAACAUCCAGAUGAAUACCAAGCUUUCGAGCAAUGUUUAUUUUCAGAGUACUUAAAAACUAAAAAAUUAACUCCCAACCUCCGGCAUUUUAUACUACACUCAAUUGCAAUGACAUCAGAAUCAUCUUGUAGUACGUUAGAUGGCCUUAAAGCAACAAAAACCUUCCUUCAGUGUCUUGGGCGAUUUGGCAACACUCCCUUUUUAUUUCCUUUGUAUGGCCAAGGAGAAAUUCCUCAGUGUUUCUGCAGGAUGUCUGCCGUCUUUGGUGGAAUCUAUUGUCUUCGCCAUAAAGUACAAUGCUUUGUGGUCGACAGAGAAUCUGGAAGAUGUAAAGCAAUUAUAGAUCACUUUGGUCAAAGAAUAAAUGCUAAAUAUUUUAUUGUGGAAGAUAGUUACCUUUCUGAGGAAGCAUGCUCAACUGUGCAGUACAGGCAGAUCUCUAGGGCCGUGCUCAUUACUGAUCAGUCCAUACUAAAGACAGAGUCAGAUCAGCAGGUUUCCAUUUUGAUAGUGCCUCCAGUGGAACCAGGGGCUUGUGCUGUUCGAGUCAUGGAAUUAUGUUCCGCAACCAUGACAUGCAUGAAAGAUACCUACCUGGUACAUUUGACCUGUUCAUCUUCAAAAACAGCAAGAGAAGACUUAGAAUCAGUGGUGAAGAAAUUAUUCACCCCUUAUGCUGAAGCAGAAAUAGACAAGGAAGAACUUACAAAGCCACAACUCUUGUGGGCACUUUAUUUUAAUAUGAGAGAUUCCUCAGGAAUCAACAGAAGCUCAUAUAAUGGCUUACCUUCCAAUGUUUAUGUCUGCUCUGGGCCUGACUGUGAACUGGGAAAUGAUCAUGCAGUCAAGCAAGCGGAAACACUUUUCCAGGAGAUCUUUCCAAAUGAAGAAUUCUGUCCUCCACCUCCAAAUCCAGAAGACAUUAUCUUUGAUGGUGAUGAUAAGCAACCAGAAGCGUCUGGAACUAGUAAUAUAAAAAUGGCCAAACUAGAAUCCUCCAAGGAGAGCAAAAGCCUCGAAAGCCCAGGCAAGCACUUUCAAAAUUAGAAAAGAACAAAGCGGGCUACUUUGGGUAUUUAUCUUGCUGUCAGAAUGUUUAAUGUAAAGAGUAGUUUCCUUGUGAGUGAUUAGAAUUGGUUAUAUGAUGAAUGCUAUGCAGAUGUUGUCUUUAACUCUUUGAGACAUUUAUUAUCAGGUAUCUUUGUUAAUAUAUGAGUAACUGCUUUAUAAGUUAUUGAACGUUUUGUUGCAAAAUGGGCUCCAUGAUGCAGAAUCCUAAAACAGUUAGCUUUAUUUGAACACUGGGUAUAUAUGUAAGGGGUAUAUAUAUUAGCAGCUUGGGUUUAAAGAAAGUAAUAUUGUACCUAUUAAUGAUCUUUGGAUUUUUACCACUGUUCACAGAACAAUUAAUACUUAAGGAAUAUUUUAAUUUUGCAGUGAUUACAGGUGCUGUCACCUCUAAAUAGUGAAAUACAAACACAAGUAGCAAAUUAUGUGAGUCUUUUAUUUAUAAUAUAAACAUGUACACUUUGUGGUAGGAAUAGCAGCUAAUACAAGUGCCAAUAUGGUAACGUAUGUUUAUAAUUGUCAAAAAAUUUAACUUUGCAUGAUCCUUUGCUGUCUGUGAAGGUCUGAGGUUUACCAUACAUUUUGCAGUUUAAUUUACCAACUUGACUGUUAUAACUGAUGAAACAUCACUGUAGUUGUUUGCUUUACAAAAAGAGCUAGAGCUCAGUUAAUAGAGAGCUCAUUUUGGGGAAGUUCAUUACAAAGAACAUCUAGGAGGAUAAGAUUAGUUCUGGUUAAAUAUUUCAGAAAAUAUCUGCAAAGCCCUACUUUGGCAAAAGUAAUACAAAAUAAAAAAGUGAUUCAAACCAAAAGUAAAUAAAUAAGUGAUUCCAGGAAAGAUACUGAUUUUUUUCAGAAAUGGCUGUUCUGAAAUCUUGAGGAGAAACUGAGUGAGGCAUUUUAAACCUAGGAUUAUAGGAAAAGCUUUCUUUUCUUAAAAUUUAUUUUCUUAAAGUUGAUUUUUUUUUUUCCGUGACAGGAAGACAGACACUGUCAACAGGGACUUAUGCCAUGACUCACUCCCAGCCUUAGCCAGCCAGGAUUAUGGGUACAUACACGUACAGGGAGGCCCUAAGAUGCGAACCUAGGAACUUAGCAUGUGGUUCUAGUUGUGUACUGCCGUGCCACCAUCUGGCCCCUGUAGAUGUUUUCUAAACCCAUUGUAAGUAGAUUACCCCAUGUUUUUCAGAAAGGAUGAAAUAUACCUCUUGUCAUCUGUACCACUUUAAUUUACAAUAGCUACAACUGAUAGGUAUGAAUCAGAGAAUUACGAUGCCCCACAGAUAGAGAGGAUCAGCCUUCAUAAUCACUUUCACCUCUGGACUUUUUAUUCAGAGAAUAGAAACUUUUUUCCCCGAAGCCACCAGAAAUCAUUCAGCUGGUUGUAGUCCAGUGGUGAAAACCUGCGGAGCUGCCAGAAGAGGCAAACUUCUAUUUCUCAGACAGAUAAUGAUCCUGAUGGACUCCAGCUCUUUCUAACGCUCUGGAACAACAAUUACUAUGUGCUACAUUGUUGAUAUUGUACUUUCUCAUGUAGUUUCACAGCUGUCCAAGGAGGAGAUACAGAACCAUAAAUAGUUUACUCAGGGUCUGGUUUGUAGAAGAACCAGCACUGGAAUCUAAGCCUUCAUGAUUCCAAAAACCUUGGUCAUUCUGCUAACAUUCACUGUUAGAAAACUGUAAGUACUGUAGGAGAUGGAAAAGUAAGAGGCUAGUAUUGUUAGGGAAGAAAAGUGGACAGCACUGGUCCUACAGCUUAUUAGUAAAUCGGAGAGAGGUGAAGUUUAAGGGCUGGUCCUGUAGUCUAGUGGUUAAGGGAGCUGUAUCCCCCAUAGCAACCAUGGUUUGAAUCACAGCAUGUGUACGAGAGCCUCAAAUCUUCACAGGAUGGAGAAAUGGAGAAGGGAUUGUAGUGUGAUUAUGCCCCGUUGAGGUAUUAUCUCUCUCUGGCAAAUGCAUGCACCCUCUGGCAAUUGAAAAAAAAUAAGAGGUUUAAGAUUAUUUAAAUGUAUUUUAGAGCUGUGGGUUUCAUUAGAGCAGAAUUUGGUUCAAUUUUAAUGAAAUAAUGCUCUGCGGCAACAGCUUUUGGUCUGAAGAUUGUGGUACUAAAAAUUACAGACGGUACGGGUCAGAAUAUGCUCUGAAUACAGCAAUGUGUUGCUUUUCUCUAUGGGAGGAAAACAGGACAGACAUUUAGUAAACCAUUUAGUGAAAGAAGUGAAGUCAUAGAUGGGAAUCAUGAUUUUUUUUAAAUAUAGGGAAGUGUUAGUGGGAGAAUCCUGAAGUUGAAAGCUAUCAAAACAACUGAAAUGACCUAUAAAACAGUAACUGAAUGAAAAGGGUUGUUUCAAGGUUAUCUCUUCCAUGAAUGAAGGAGAGGGACACAAAAAUAGCACCUCUAACAGGGUCCUGAGGCCACACUCCAUCUCUCCUCAGCCCAGUUGGAUCACAGGCACGUGUGUGCCCUGUACACUCAGGGAAGUCUCUGGACUCAAAAUCAGCCUUUUCACUCGUAUCUGCCACUCAGAUGCAGCACUUUACCGUUGUGCCACUGUCCAACCCUAAAAUAUAACUAAAAUGGAGCGAAGGUAGUCCAGACCUAUUGAAAAGAUUUUUAGUAUCACAGAUUAGUCAUAAAAAAAUCUACCAAAGAGGGGCCAGUAGGUGGCAUGGUGGUUUAAGGUGCUGGACUCCCACAUGGUUGACCAAGUCCCAGACAAUCACAUCGGGCAUGUGUACAUAUGUGCCCCAAAUCCCAAGAAACGAAUGAGAAGGGAUUGCAGCCUGGCCCUCUUCCUGGGGGGUUCUCACUUUCCCUCUUUGGCAAGUGUAUGUACCCUUUGGCAAACAAAUCAUCAACAGGAACUGGGAGAAGUUGUGAUACAAGGUAUAGCUGAAUAUAAUGAAAAUAGGAAGAACGGGUUAAGUCUGAAAUAAGGAUUGUUCUGAAAACUAACAGAAUGAAUGUUUCUUAAAUGAAUACAAAGUAAGCUGGAAAUGGGAAAUUAUAAUUAAUAAAAAGCAUUUAAAAAUUUAGGGGACCAUAUAACAGUUUACUGACAAGAAUUUGACCCUACUGGGCUUAUUGGUAAACCUUUUCAGAUGUUUACAGAACAGAUAAUAUUUGUGUAUCAUGAAAGUUGAUAUGCUCCUAUGCAUUUCGGGACAAAUAAUGGCUUCAGUACUGAAAGUCAAACAUUUUUAAAGGAUCUCAUUGUGAACAGAUGCAAAUGAAAUGUUGGCAAACAAUAUAGCAACAAAUAAUUGUGACUUAGCACUAGAAGGCUAGUAUUCAACAGGACAGCUAUUUACAAAAAGGUAAAAUCAAAAGUAUUAACUACAGACAACUUUUUAAAAAUUAAUUCAUUUUAACUCUUUUUGUUAAUGUUUUGUAGGCUGGUCAGUGUGAUAAGUAAUUAAAACCAAGAACUGAGAUUAUUCCUGUUGGGAAAACAUAAGCAUUUCUGAAGCAGAACUUAAAUUAUUGGCACUUUUUAAAUAUAUGGUUGAAGAAACUUGUCAUUGCAAGUUGAAAGAAGGCAUCCACAAAAUGAGAAAGAUAAGAGAAAGCAAGACAAAUUAUUUUUUAUUAAUACGACUUUAGCUAAACCUAUGGUAUCACAUCAAUGUAUUAACAAAAAAUUCAAGAAGUUGCAGUAUGUACAAUUUUUUGGUGAACUGAAACAUUUAGGUAUUAAUACAUAUGAACCAUUUAUAGAAAGUUACACAACUGUAUUGGAAUAAAUUAAAGAAAGAUUUAAAUAGAAGCAGGUUGAAAGAACUAAAUUUGAAAUAUGUGGAUACUCUUGUGAGAGACAUUCUGUUGUAAUGGAAAAGUGGUCCAUGGAGAGUCCUACAAAAGACAGAAUUCUCGGUCUCACUUCACUGCAUAACUAGUUGUAUAAUCUUGGGGAAAUCACUCUUAGUUUCCUUUUCAUCAUUUUUAAGACAAAUAAUACUUGACAGAAUUAUCAUGAGGAUUAGUUUAGAUAAUGUAUAUGAAGUCAUGUCCAAAGGAAUGCCAAUGUGUGACAGUAUGUAGGUUUAUUACAAUUCUAUUUAACAUUCAAACUGGAUGCUUUAUGUAGUUUGACAGAAUUGUGAUAAAUAAUGUAGGAAAGUAAGCAAGAUGCACUUUCUUUUUAAACAUGGAGAGAAAUGGGAACCUUGACCUUCUAAUCCUUAAAGUAUAGUAUUAAGCUACCUUUCUAAAUAUUCUGUGCUUCUGAAUAGAAAGCUUAAGAAUAAAAAACUGAUUGAAAAUAAAUACAUCGUAGUCAUUGAUGGAAAGACUAGCUAUGUCUGUGUGGAGAAAAAUACUAAGUUCACUGUACAUAUGAUCAUAGAAUUUAUUCCAGUUUAAUCAAAGUAUUAAUUAUAAAGGUAAAAAUAGACUACCAUUCUCAUCUUAAUACAGGUACAAAGGAAAUUCAGGAAAAUUAAAAACAUUGACAAUGUAUCCUAACUGGAAGAAAAGUGAAAAAUGUGUACUAUUAAUACGUAGAAGGAAAAUGGUAGUAGAAGGAUGGAAUAAAGUUAUACGCAUUACCCAUGGACAUAGUACUUAGUUUUUUUAGAAGUAGAUGCAAAGCUGUAAAGCUUUGUACUUUUACUAGGCAAAUUUAUAAAUUAUUGAAGGGCUCAAAUACAAAUGAGAAAAGGCAAAUAAAAGUCAAUCCUUAGGAACCAGCAGAUG